GGACGCCGUUCGGCUAGACAGGGAGUUGAAGACCACUGAGCUCGGGUAGUUUGUUUUGUUAUUAGAAAGAGAAAAAAAUAGAAAAAAAAGGUAAAGGCAAACAUGGCCGACAUCCAUCAGCAGAAUAGUCGGGAAUCUUUCGAAAACAGCAACUACGGAACUAAAACGUCCAUGACAGCAUCUGGCCCUCGUAUUGUCCAAAUUGUCAAAUCGGAAACGGGAUUUGGAUUCAAUGUGCGCGGACAGGUGAGCGAAGGCGGACAGCUUCGCUCCAUCAAUGGCCAGCUUUAUGCACCUCUGCAGCAUGUCAGCGCGGUCCUGAAAGGUGGUGCUGCAGAUAAAGCAGGCAUUCUAAAAGGCGACAGAAUCCUGGAAGUUAAUGGCUCCAGUGUCGAAGGAUCAACUCAUAAGCAAGUUGUUGACUUGAUCAAGUCAGGUGGUGACGUUUUGUUGCUUACUGUCAUCUCUGUGUCUUCAAAGGAAGCUGAGCGCCUAGAGCCACAUGAAGAAACCGCUGGCUACUCCUAUAUUGACUAUUCAGAAAAGCGCUCCCUACCCAUAUCUAUUCCAGAUUACCGUCUAGCAGACAAAAAGAAUGACAAAUAUGUGGUGUUUGACAUUUACAUGGCUGGAAGGCACCUGACAUCUCGUAGAUACAGUGAGUUUGUUGACCUGCACAACAACCUCAAGAAGGAGUUCAUUGGUUUCAACUUCCCCAAACUGCCCGGCAAAUGGCCGUUCGCGUUGAGUGAACAGCAGCUCGAUGCUCGCCGCAGAGGGUUAGAACAGUACCUGGAGAAAGUGUGUGCAGUCCGUGUUAUUGCGGAAAGCGACAUCGUACAAGAGUUUCUCACCGAUUGCGAUGACGAUCAGGAUGGCCUCCAGAAAGUGGAUUUAAAGGUUUUAUUGCCGACUCACGAAGUGGUGUCGGUUACAGUCUGCAAAACCUCGACCACACUCGAUGUUUACAAUGCAACCGUCGAAAAAAUUUGUCUGGACAAGCAAAGCGUGCAGUAUUUCGCACUUUUUGAAAUCGUCGAGUAUAAUUUUGAACGCAAGUUGCAGGUGCACGAAGUCCCUCAUAACAUUUACAUCCAGAAUUACAGCACGGCGUCGGCCACGUGUCUCGCUUUAAGACGAUGGCUCUUCUCGCCUCAGGUGGAGCUGCUACUGGCCCGUGACGAUUUGAUCUCGGCAUAUUUGUUCUGGCAAACGGUCGAUGAAGUCAAUCGCGGUCAUGUCGUGGCGGGCGAAAACCUCUACCAACUUAAAGCCAUGCAGGACAUUAAUCGCCGCGCCGAGUAUCUAGCCUUGGCUCGGCAGUCGCCCGGCUACGGUGAAGUGGUUUUUCCUCACUGCGGUUGUGAUGCCCGUAAAGAAGGUCACGUCAUCCCCUCUUUGGGAUUCAACGCCUUUCGUCUUCAGGCGUGUAAAGAGGAUGGAUCCAUACAGAACCAAGUGAUAGAAUUCCGCUGGGAAACGAUCUUGGCUUGGGAAGUGGAUGACGAAGGAAUGGCCUUUUGUCUGCAGUACCACCGGCCGGACAAGUCACCGCGCUGGGUCCGCAUCUUUACACCUUACUUUGUCUACAUGUGCGACUGCUUCGAUCGUGUCCAGGAAGAGCGCAAGUGGUCCGACCAAGCCAUGUGAAAAAAGGAUUCGCAAGAAAGCAAAAACAAAAA